AUGGCGGGCUCAGAUGCACCAGAGGCCUAUGUCUUCUACAGCUACAACCCGAGUAUGGCAGCAGCUGUCGUAUUCAUCGUUAUAUUCGGUAUCUCGUCAUUACUACACACGUACCAGCUUGUGCGCGCCCGGACAUGGUACUUCAUCCCAUUCUUAAUCGGAUGUCUUUUCGAAUGUGUAGGAUACAUUGGCCGUGCUCUAUCAGCAAACGAAGCGCCCGAUUUCACCAAGAACCCAUACAUCAUCCAGUCUAUCCUGCUGUUACUUGGCCCUGCUCUCCUCGCUGCCUCCAUCUAUAUGGUCCUUGGCCGUAUCAUCAGACUUCUUGAUGCAGGAGAUCUGUCCGUCAUUAGUCCAAAGUGGUUGACUAAGGUCUUUGUCACUGGUGAUGUCUUGUCUUUCUUUGCGCAAAGUGCCGGCGGAGGUAUGCUUGCUACAGCAAAGGAUAGAGAUGCCGUCAAGCGGGGCGAGAACAUCAUCGUCGGCGGCCUAGGCAUUCAAAUCGUUUUCUUCGGUUUCUUCAUGAUUGUCACACUCAUAUUCCAUCUACGCAUCAACCGCAACCCUACGCAGAAGUCUCUAGAGAUCACAACUCCCUGGAAGAAGCUACUUUUCGUCCUAUACGCAGCCAGCUUGUCCAUCCUCGUCCGAUCAGUUUUCCGCGUUGCCGAGUAUGUCAUGGGCAAGGACAGCGAGCUUCAAUCCAAGGAGUUCUGGAUUUACGUCUUUGACGCCACUCUUAUGAGUAUUGUGGUUGUCUCUCUCAACUGGUUCCAUCCUAGCCGUGUGAUCAACAACGCGUGGGACAGGAAGAGGAUUGUCAGCCAGGAUGGGUAUGCGUUGGAGAGUCAACCUUCCGGGAGAGAUCAUCAGCGAUACUCGCUCUCGCCCGUGCGCCCCAAGCACAAUGGUUGA